AUGAUAAUACUCCUCAUAGGGUUUCUUGCUUGGCUAGAAAACAAAGUAACAAAAUCAAAUGAAGUAAUGGAAGAGGUGAUGCAAGUGAGUCAUGAAAUAAACAUAUUGUUUGAACAAGAUGGUGAUGAGAAUGAAUUUUGUGUUUGUUCCUUUUGUGGCAAAUUAAGAAACAUAAUCACAAGAUGCUCACGAUGCAAAAAUGCUAUAUAUUGUUCAAAGACAUGUCAUAUCAUGCAUUGGAGAUUUGGGCAUAAAGAUGAAUGUGUUGAGAUAGUUUCUGCAGAAGAUCAUGGAGUACAAUGCUUUCUCUUGGAGCCUGAAAAUGAAAGUUGUAAGUACUCAUUGAAGGAAGAGGAUGAGGGAGAUGUUUACUAUAUUGAAGGAGGAGAAAAUAGAGAUGAGCCGAUUAAAGAAACAGCAAGAAGAAAGUUUCAAGAUGAUGGAUGUGCAGUUUGUGGCAAUUCAUGCUCCAAAAAAUGCUCAAGAUGUAAAACUAUAAAAUAUUGCUCACAAACAUGCCAACAUUUUGAUUGGAAAUCAGGACAUAAACUCCAAUGUCGUGUUAAGAAGAAAAUUCCAACUCAAGAAACAACAAACAAUCAAAAAUGGCAUGCCAGUGAAAAUGUUAUAAUGCCCCCAAAUUUAAAUGAAGUGAAAGAUGAUGAUCAUUCAUAUGAUCCUCUUUGCUUGGAAUUUUAUUCAGAAGAAAACACUAACACCAAGGCUCUGAUUCUAAGUUCUCAGGAAGCAAGCAACAAAGUCGAUGAAGUUGAAGAACAAUUGAGAAACCUAAAACAAGAAUUAGAAAUGAUCAGAAGUGAAAAUAUAUCACUGCAAUCAAAGAAUAACUAUUGGGAAGUUAGAGCAAAAUAUUCUGCUGAUAGACUUUACAGAUUCAAGAAAGAAAAUGAACAUCAGUUGUUUAUUUUGAAGCAUGAAAAUGAAUUGAUAUCAAAUGCUGAGAAACAAGCUCGUCAAUUGGUUACUAAUUUAUUUCAAAGGAUACAUUGUUUACAGAUCUCAGUUGAAACACAAGUGGCAGAAAGGAAAAAACAAGAAGAAAUUAUACAUAUGCUACAGAAUGAAUGUAAUAAGGCUAAAAGAGAGUUUCAAGAGCAAAAUAAUUAUGUUGAAAGGCUUAGACAGAAGCUCGAUAAUGUCAGUAAAUUUCCUAUGAAAAUAGCUCAAGAGUCAGGGGAAAAAAUAGCCAUUACUUCCAAUGUAAUGUCAGCUGGUGAAUCCAAAGUUCCUGCUGUUGAGGUAUCCAAGACAAUCAGUUUAAGCAGAAAUCCAACCUUGACUAGUCAGUGCUGUACAAUUUGCUUAGGCAAUGAGAAGGACAUGGCCUUUGGUUGUGGGCACAUGACUUGCAGAGAAUGUGGAACAAAAAUUCGCAAGUGUCACAUAUGUAGAAAGAAGAUUACCAAUCGUAUCAGAUUGUUUCCUGGAUGA